AAGCAGUGUGAAUUUCAAAUGCUUAUUUACCAAUUUUUAGUCAAUGAUAAGAAAUACAUUACACUGCGCAGUGUAUUUCAGGCGUCAAUCUAUAGAAAAAGUUAUAAUUUCGUUGUACAGCAUGUCAAAUUCUUAGUAAUGUGCACCAUGCAUCGCUUAAUUAAUAUAACCUUUAUUAAUGUAGCCUUAUCAGGGCUUAACAUGAAAGGAGAAUAGGCUAAAGUAAUUCAAAUAUGACGCCAGUUUCCUUACAGCGACUACGAAGACUUUACAAACCCUGAAUUGGCAGCCUGGCCACAACAUGUCCCUGCGACAAGACCUCGUCCCCUCUGACUGGAAAAUGGAUUGCGUAACACCGAUUUUUAAGAAUUAUUGGUCCAUUAGUCUGACUUCACUAGUAGGUUACGGAAACGAGGACUUGCGCACUCCCUCCCCUUUAAUUGCCAUCAUCAGGCUCCGAGUCGCCCUCCGUGAACGACUCGCUGAUGGGGACAGAGCUGGGCGGAAACACAGCCGGCAUCGAUGCCCUGGAGGGAGGACUGUCAUCGGAGCAGGGUUCGGUGAUGUGUGGUGGUGGCACGGUGCGGCGGUGGUGCUGUGGUGGCGAGUGCUGGGCCUCCUCAGGGGCCCCAGCGACGUGGCCUCCCCCCAGAACCUCGCCCAGAUCUUGAAGCAUUUUUCAGAGCUCAUGGAGACACCGGUGAAGAAGGUGAUCAACGCGCUGGUGGCCGAGUGUGGGUCUGCAACUGGCUUCUUCUCGCUGGGUCUGCCGGGGUCUUCAGUACCCACCCAUGACUCCAUCUUGGCCACCAACACCGUCACCACCUCCACCGAUGCCAAAGUUCAAUCACCUAAGAUGGAAGUCCUGGGUCUCUGCCUGGGUCCCUGCUGCCGCUGUGGUCACUGUCCCUGCCCCUGCCCGUGCUGCAGCCCUCAGCCUGUGACCUCACCCUCAUGAACUGCUCCGACGUGAAGGAUCACUUGGUGAACGUGCUGCUGAAGAGUAGAAAGUGUGACGGGUGGUGGCGGACAAGAUCGUUGGCCCACUCCACCUUGGCCAUCCAAUUCUACCACGAGUUGGUCCACCAGACACUCCACACCAAUGUUAACAAGGCCAUCAGUGUGCUCCAGGCAUACCUUAAGCUAACAGUGGGUGCCCACGGCACCUUCGCCGUCCCGGUGAAUGGAGCAGCCAGCCCAGGAGCCAUGAGACAUCACCUCGCCGGCAGAUAAGUCAUCCCUCAAUGCCUGUAACCACCACCUCCUCAGUCAUAUUGGGAAGCUCCUUUUAAUUUAUUUUCCCCAACACACACACUAGUUAGGAUGGGUGUCAAAUCGUUGUGUUUGUAAGGGGUUUAGCGAUCUUCCCCCCUGUCGUGGCCUCUGUGACGCAUCAAGAUACGUAUGGAAAAGUGCUGAUGUGAGUGUCGCUGGGCGAGCUUCGUGACUGGUAGGAGGAAGGGGAGUGUUGCCGUCGCCUAUAUAUUUAUAAAUGUUUUUCCCGCCUUUGUAUGUAUUGCGUCAUCUUGUAAUAUUGGUAAUAACAGAAUAAUGACAGGGUUGUGACUAUAGAGGCCUCCGUCGCCCUUGGUCCUUUUAAGACUCGCUGUCCCGUCGCCGUUACAGGAUAGGUUGAGAGUUAAAUCGUCCUCCUCCCCCUCCCCCCCCCACCUCUUCAAAGGGGUGGCAGAUUAUUUAUAAAUACCCAGUGUCCUAAUAAACCGAAACCAUAUAAUGUAACACUGCUUGUUUCCUCCCUACCUUACCCCAUAUUCCACGUUAAUCACUUGUAGGAGUCACCCUUACUCCCUCCUCCUUCGUGUCAUAACACGCUACCGAAAUUCUUUUUUUUUCUCUUCAUUAACACAGACACGAGGAGAGAGUAGGGUUGUCAGGGUAAUUUAACGUUCUCUUAAUUGUCUUCGACUCCAUUCCACACCGCGAAUUGGUUUCGCGGUUAUUUUUAUUAUUAUGGUUUUUAGUUUUGUUUUCUUGUGAACCCCCACACACUCAGUGGUGCCUUAAAUGAAAAGCAGGACAGCCGAGGGCACCACAGUAGUUCCUCCUUUUCUCCUCACCUGCCUCCUUUACCUCAUCUGUCCACCACACACUCCCUUUCUUUCCUCUUCCACAUGACCCAUAAUCGACUAGUACUUACACAGCUGCCCUGACCACCAAACUCUCAAACACCUCAUGAGCCUCCUUCACUCCUUCACUGUGUUCUUUCUGUACUCUUGCUCUUCCAAGUAUUUCCUCCACUCUCCUAUACAUCUCCCUGUGGCCACUGUCACUUGCGAGUUCCUUCCUACCCUUUUCCCUCUUCCCAUUCCCUCUGAGUCCCCAUUUCUCCUUCAUCCUAAUUUUGGCUACCACCACAACCUUUGCAUCCACUACAUCCCGCCUCAACCUCGUAUCCACAGCUACAUAAUCUAUUACACUCCUCAUGUCACCCCUUGCCCAUGUAUACCCGUGAAUUAGUUUGUGCUGGAAGAAGGUUUUUGCCAGGAACAGAUCCCUCUCGGCACAAACAUCCACCAGGCGUUGUCUCUUCCCGUUCACUCCCUCCACACCCCACUUCCCAGCCACACCACCAAUCUCCCUGUUUCCAACUUUUGCAUUCAUAUCUCCUAACACAAGAAUUCUUCUUUCACUUCCAAAGUUUUUAAACACUGUCCUAAGUCCUCCACACACUCCUGCCUUUCCUUCCCUUACCCUUCACACACACACACACACACACACACACACACACACACACACACACACACACACACACACACACACACACACACACACACACACACACACACACACACACACACACACACACACA